AUGAAGGAUUCACAACAAGGAAAGGACAAAGGAAAAGGAAAAAGUUCCGAUAAUUAUGAACUUUGGACCAAGGAAGAAAGCGAUUUCUUGUUAGAGUUAUUGGUUGAUGGUAUCAGUCGAGGAUGUCGUGAUACUAAUGGGUCAAUAAGUAAGCAAACAAUAGAAAAAAGAGUACUUCCUCGCCUAAAUGAGAAAACCGUGUCUCCUAAAACAUAUAACAAUUACGUGAGCCGAAUGAGAUGGUAUAAGAAGCAGUUUGACAAAAUGACUACUCUUAUGCGUAACAACUCUGGAUUUGGGUGGGACCCAAUUACAAAGAAGUUCACGGCUAGUGAUGAAGUAUGGGAAAAUUACUUGAAGUCCCACCCAAGUCACAAGAACCUUCAGACAGAAAGUGUUGCUAAUUAUGAUGAUUUAAAAAUUGUGGUUGGGGGUGCAACUGCUACUGGAAAUGGCUCACUUGCAUUAGGUGUCAAUGAUACUGAUGCAACAACUUUUAGGGACGAGGAAAACCUAAAUUUUGGGAUGGAAGACUUUACAUAUGAUGCUGCCAAUGAGACAUUUGUAGCACCAAGUCACUAUCAACCAUCCUUCCAACCUUCAUCACCCAACCAAUCUACACCACCCUUUGAGUCCCCUUUAGGUGUUGAGGUUCCUCAAGGAAAAACAAGUCAAAAGAAGCGAAGUAGAUCCGAGUAUGAUGGGAGUUCUAACUCAAUUGGUUCCACCAACCAAGCCAAAGUUCUUGAAACCAUAUCCACCAAUUUUGAGAAAAUCUAUGCUCUAAUGGAGAAAAGAGAAAGAGAUAGAGAGAAUAGUAUUUGGGAUGCUAUGAAGGAUGUACCAAACUUGGAUGACAAUGCUCGAUUCUUGGCGAUUGAAUUGCUUAAUACUAAAGUCAAACAAGACAUGUUCUUGAAGAUGUCACCCGUAGAGCGCUCAUCUUGGAUAUCCUUCAAAUUGGGAUGA